AUGGCGAUCAAAAUGGAAGGGCAGUUUGCCUGUAUCAUGAUGACCAUUACCUGUGGUAUUUCAUAUCUUCUGUAUGGCUACGAUCAGGGUUUCAUGUCUGGCGUUUUACUUGCCGAUAACUUCAUUGAAACCAUGGGAAAUCCAUCAACCUCUAUGCAAGGUCUUCUAUCCAGUCUCUACACCCUUGGCUGCUUCUUCGGUUGCAUAUUCAGCUUGACAUUCAGCGAAAAGCUGGGCCGUAAAAAGCCAAUCUUGAUCGGAACUGUAGUCAUCAUCAUUGGUGCCGUUAUUCAAACUGCCUCCUACUCUCGAGCUCAGUUUAUCGUUGGAAGACUUGUGGCUGGCUGCGGAACUGGAUUKAACACUUCCGUCAUUCCCGUAUGGCAAGCCGAGACUCUACCGGCCAAGAAACGUGAGGCUUUUGGAUCGUUGCAGUAUAGUUUGGUCUGUGGUGGUGCCUCAAUUUCUUACUGGUUGUCUUAUGCUCUGGCGUAUACAACGAACACCUCUUUCCAGUGGCGAUUCGGUGUUGCUGCGCAGUUGGUUUUUGCGGUCAUUCUUCUCUGUUUUGUGCCUCUGAUGCCGGAAUCACCCAGAUGGCUUUUCCUUCACAACAAUACCGAGUCAGCAGUCGCGAUCCUAAUGAAAAUGCACGGCACCUCCGACGUCCAGAACGAGGAAGUCCAGAAGGAAUUGAAGUUGAUCAACCAGGCGAUUGAAAUUGAGGAGAUGAACAACGCUAGCCGAUGGCUCGACCUGUUGAAGAACAAACCUGAGACACAGAAUUUUCGUCGUCUUAUGCUUGGUUGGUGGCUCAUGUUCAUGGUUAUGUGGUCCGGUGUCUGCAGUAUCGGAUACUACAUCUCCUACCUAUUUGAAACAUCCGUCGGGCUCAGCCACAACCUCUCUCUUUUAUUGUCCGGGUUCAACGGUCUCUGGUACCUGGCGUCCUCAUUCCUACCAUUUUUCAUUAUUCGCAAGCUCGGAAAGCGCAACAUGCUCAUGAUUGGCGCCUUUGGUAUGUUUGGCUGCUUCUUGACUAUGUCCCUCACGAUCCGCUCCGGCACCUACGGCGCAUCCAUCGUCUGCGUCAUCGCAUUCUUCUUGUAUUACACUUUCUUUGCCAUCGGAUUCCUCGCUAUCCCAUGGUUAUACAGUGCCGAAAUAUUGCCUCUGCACUUGCGUGCCCGCGGUGCCGCUAUCACGACCUCAUCAAACUGGAUCUGGAAUUUCGCUACAGUCAUGAUGACUCCAUCGGUCAUGGGCGACUUGGGAUGGAAAGGAUAUCUGAUCUUUACUGUGUUCAACGCUUCCUUUGUGCCCGUCAUCUACUUUUUUUACCCAGAGACCACGGGUCGACGUCUCGAAGAAAUUGAUGCAAUCUUCUACAAGACCUCGUCCAUUGUGGCUUUCUCGGAGUGGUCGAAGAAAGGCCAUUUCGAGUCCGAUCACUUUGAUAAUUUGGUUCAGGGCAUGCAGAACUCGAAGAAGGGCGUUAUGGAAGUUGAAUAUACCGAGACAACUGCUUGA